AUGUCAUUUCUUCGCACAGCAUCGCAGGCGACGCAGUCAUUGCGCGGCGGCCUCCUGCGCCAGUCGGCUCUGUCGCAGCCGGCCCUGUUCCACACAACAGCCACCCGUUGGCUUAGCGCUGAAGCGCGCAAGAAGAUCGACGACGCCGUCAAGAAGGAUCCUCUUGUCGUCUUCAUGAAGGGGACGCCAGAACUGCCGAUGUGCGGAUUCAGCAGAGCAGUCUGCCAGAUCCUCGACGUGCAGGGCGUCAAGGCAGACAAGCUCAAGACUUACAACUGCCUUGAUGACCAGGAGCUCAGAGAGGGCAUUAAAGAGUACAGCAGCUGGCCGACGAUUCCUCAGGUCUACGUCAAUGGCGAAUUCACUGGCGGGUGCGACAUUAUGCUCAGUAUGCACCAAUCGGGCGAGCUAGAGCAAUUGCUCCAAGGUGCGGGCCUUGUCGACAUUCCACCGAAGGCCUCGGCAGAGACCGGGACUGGGCCGUGAGAUCUUUGUCAACAGAACGCCACACCGAUCGUCGUAAUCCCAUCGCUUUUUUCUGUCCAGUGCGCGAGCGUCUACCAUCUUUGGAUUGCUGAGACUCUUUCCCUCGUGUACAUCAACUUGACAUUGUUGGUGUUGAGGCGACCGAGAAUUUCUCUCAUGACUGUCUGUCCCGCUGGGUGUUGCAAUAGGGGUGAACCGUCUUACACAGAAAGCGGCAUAUGGGGUAACCGUUCAUGCUGUUGCAUUUCUUCGGAGAGAGGCCUCGGUGGUCAGCAAAUGCGGAGAUUGUCUUCUCGGACCCAGCAGUCAAGCUCACCUCCACGAAGUCGAUGCAGGCUUCUUGUUUAAGUUCAUCGCUU